AUGUCACUGGUCGAUUACGCUUCCUCCUCAGACGAAAACGACGACGUCCCGGAACCCACUGAAGAACAACGAAAGGAAAAAGAGGAACCCCAACCCCAACGCCAUUCACCGCAACCGCAACCUCAACCUCGUCCGCAGACUCUGACAAAAUCUGGAUCUUCAUCCAACCAACAGCUAGAAAACAGACCACAUUCAUCUUCCCCUACAGUGGAGAAACUUCCUGAUGCUUCACUUCUUUUGAGUUCUACAGCCUUCUCAUCGAAUCUGAUGAAUGCUACUGACCACUCCUCUCGAGUUGCUGCAGCUCUAGCAGAAAAUGCUUCACGCAAGAGAGACUCUAAUGGAAAGACCUCUUCUGCCAUUCGCAGUAAAGUUCCUAGAGGAAACCCACCUCAUUCAAAGAAUAUACCAGAAACGGCUGGUGGUUUGUUGGUUCCACCUCAGCUCAGUGGAAGGAAAAACGUUGUUACUGAAGACAUAAGCAAGCUAUUUGUCCGAAAACACCAAGAACAUCCAUCUGCUUAG